GUUUCAUAUACCGGCCAGUUAGUGUGCAACACUUGGAAAUCAUGGCGUCGCGCAGCAAUUGGGUCUGCGUGUUUCUGCUCUUUUCUGUUACGGCGACGUUCCUAACUGCAGCGCAAAGUAAUAAAAAUGAAAAAAGCAAAAAGAAAAAGGACAUCAGAGAUUAUAACGAUGCUGAUAUGGCCAGACUACUGGAAGAGUGGGAGAAAGAUGAUGAUAUCGAAGAAGGUGAUCUCCCAGAGCAUAAGAGAUCUCCACCGCCAAUUGACUUUUCUAAAAUUGAUCCUAAACAACCAGAAGAACUCCUAAAAUUAUCUAAAAAGGGGAGAACAUUGAUGAUGUUUGCAACCAUCUCGGGUGAACCCACAGAAAAGGAAACGGAAGAGAUCAGUAGUCUGUGGCAAGGCAGCUUGUUUAAUGCCAAUUAUGAUGUCCAAAGAUUUGUUGUCGGUUCCAAUCGAGUCAUAUUCAUGUUACGGGAUGGGAGUUACGCCUGGGAGAUCAAGGACUUCCUUACUAACCAGGAGCGCUGCGCCGAUGUCACUGUGGAGGGUCAGGUGUACCCUGGGAAAGGGGCAACCAAAAAAGGCAAACGGCAUGAAAGUGACCUCAACGAGAUCAAUCCAGAGAAAAAGAAGAAGAAAAAUUCAAAAACGUCGGGCAAAGAAACCAACCAGGCCAGUAAACAGAAUGUAGAGUUGUAGUUUGUAGAGUGGAGAGUGAUCUUCUGUGAUGUCUUUGCCAAAUCUUUCUUUUAUCAUCAUAAAGUGUUCAUUUGGGAAAAAAAACUUUUUCUCCUGAAGAAUAAACUCGGAAGGUGAAAGAUUUUGUGAAGCUCUCAAAGUCCGGGUUACCGUGAAUGGUAUUAAGGACAUAAGGAUGGAUGUGUGUUUGUGUAAACUCUUAUCAGAAAAUUUACAAAAGUGUCGUCCCUUUAACCUCCAAGCAGAAAUCCUAAUUAAGUUUAUUUUUUUUUUUUUUUAUACCAUUUAAAUCUUUUACCGUUUUCAUCCAUUACACACCUCACACUGAUUGAUUGAUUGAUUAUAUUUUUCAAUUAGUAUUUCAAAGAUUAUACAAAUGUAAUUAUUCAAUGUUCAAGAAGACAAGAAAACUGGGCCUGUGUGAUGUCUUUGUUGGUUUAGGCCUAUUUGCUGUUAACAUAAUACCAAAAAUGGACAGCUAAUGUACAAUAGUAUGUAUUGUAAUGCCAGUAUUUUUAUAAGACUUGGAGUAGUACAAAAAAUUACCGACAAAGAGAGUUGUCAUCGGUUGUUUCUCUAAGGUGUGGCAAAAAUUCUUUUCUAGUAGUUUCCUCCAUUUUUGUUAAAAUUUAUAUCUAUCCCCCCCAACAAAUUAUGAUAAAUAAAAUUUAUUUUGCA